ACGAAAUAGUAUUAAAGAAAUAUUGAAGUUUAUAGAAACUUAACUGGUUGCUUCUAAUUUAUCAUAAUGACAUAAUCAGUUAAUUAAUCAUUAACUGCAGUUAAGUUUUUAUAAAAACGCUUUUAUGAAAUUAAUAUUUUAAGAUUCGAAUAUCUCUGUAUAUAAAAUAAAUAACGAGGGACCAAUCACACGUAUUUAGAGGUAACUGAAUGGUCCAUAGAUCUUCAAGACAGAGACUGAUGUCGCCUUUAUAAUGCUCUUAUCCACCUAAUAUCAAUCAAAGCUUGGUACAUGCAGCGUGCGGACUACCGAGCUGUUGUAACGUGAAGGAUUUAUCUUUCUUGUUCGCUUCGGACCGUCAACUUGACGAAUAGCCAGACGCGAUGCAAAUGUGCUUUCGAUGCGUGCCCAACUUCAUUCCAUUGAUUCACAUGUAUCCGGAGCACGCAGAUGCGCGCUCUUACUUUGUCUCGUAGUUCAUGGCCGUCUGCCACGCUUUUCCCGAUUGUUUGCAAUCGUUCGUCGUUGUUUGACAACAGCGGAGUCGUCGUCACUUAAUUGAAGCCUGAGAUUAUACAUUUUUUUCAUUUCUAUCAAAGUGACGACGAUUAGUGAGAGAACUUCGUGCUCGCAAUGCGGAAUAACGGUUAAGUCACACCCGCCCGUGCGUACGUUCCUUCCGCAACGUAACGUAACGGUUUCUCCGUCUUCGUCAGUUUUAUUGCCACGUUAUGCUGCCAAGCGGUGCGUCCAGACUGCAGUUUCAUGGCUCGUGUUAUUUCUGAGAUUUAUGUCUACCACGGAUGAUUAUGCGUCGACGUGCAAAAUCGCUCGUUCCUUCAAUCAAGAGCACAUCAUCACUGUUGGGGAACGACUCGUUGAUACGCAACGGCGGAUACAGUUAGAGAACUCAAUCCAAACAUGGAUCAGAUCAUCGAUAUAGAUGAAGUCGAGACUGGGAUGCGCUCUUCCAAGAGCUCGGCGAUACCGUUUAGCUGUAUCAGCUCGAACUCGAUAUGCUACGUCGCGAUCACGAUCGCGACCCUUGCCUUCCUCGGAGCCAUAGUCUUCGUCUGCAGGGAUUAUAUCAAGGUGCUGCUCUACUGGAUCGAGCAUCAGAAUGCCUGGAUCAUCGCCGUGAUCUUCAUCGGCCUGUUCACGGUGGUGUCGUUCCCGAUCGUGAUCGGUUACCUGUUCCUCAUCGUCGCCAGUGGCUACCUGUUCGGCGUGGUGCGCGGCAUGACGAUUGUCAUAUUGUCCGCUAAUCUGGGCAUCGCGAUCGCUCAUGUUACUCUUGGACUGCUGUCCACCAGGCUGCCGAUCGGCGCCCUUCUGCAGAGCGACACGGCAAGGGCGAUCCUACGCGUCAUCUCUGGUCCACAGGCCUUCAAGAUAGUGCUGUUCGCGCGACUCACGCCGAUCCCGUUUGGUCUCCAAAACACUAUUUUUGCAGUCAGUAACAUAGGUGGAUUUCAUUACCACGCAGCUAGUGCGAUAGGUUUACUGCCCGCCCAGCUGGUAAACGUUUAUCUGGGUAGCAGUUUGAGAUCGAUGCAGGACGUGCUGGAAGAUAGGUCGACGGCAGCCACGGGCUACGUAGUCUUUUGCUUCCAGAUAUUAGUAGGAGUCUCGCUUAUGGUUUAUAUUGUACAGAAAGCGCGGAAGGAGCUUCAACUGACGUUGUUCGAAGCCGAUCUAGCGUCUAUGGCGAACUCGCCUCACUACAUUCUCGAUGGUCUGCCGGACUCGAAGAUCAUUUUAACGAAUCUCAUCGCGUAAUAUUUUUAUGAGAUUUUUGUAUACGUAUAAGCGACGAUCAGACGAUUGCUUACGAUUUUAUUAUAAGAGAUUAUUUUUAACGUUUGUUGAUAUUACUUCUUUUUUUACUCGAUAUUCUUGUUUCUUCUUACGUACUUCCAGAAAUGUAUUUCGCAAAAAACGUAUCGAUGGUGCUGCUGAAGAGUCUAGGUUUUUUUGAAAAUGAAAAUGUACGAAAUAUAUAUAUAUAAAGAUAUUUCUCGUCGAGGAUAACGCGAUAAGUCUUACCAAAGUUAACGUAAGUUUAGUAACGAACAAAGUUGAACAAGAUGCGUGAUGUUAUCCACGGAAUGCGUGUAUGUAUUAUAUAUUUUGAUAAAAGUGAUAAAGAGCAAGGGGGAGACGACAGAAUUAUGCGAAUCCGGUGUAUAAAGCUUCCUUGCAAGAGUAUACUAUAAUUUAUAUAUAUAUAUAUAUAUAUAUAUAUAUUGCUCAUAUAUAUAUACAUUUAAUGUUAAUAAUAGAGACUGAAACUUUACAUUUAUUAUACCUUCAACAUAUUACUGAUGAUUAUUGGUCUUCUCAUUUCUCUUCGUGUUCAGGAUCUGUUCUUGUUAACGCAAUAUUAAUAUUCGUGCAUUUGUCUGCCUUCUCGUCCGAUAUACUUCAUUUGUAUAUUAUAUAUUUAAUUAUGUUAUAUAUAUAUAUGGUUAUACAUAAUUGUAUAUUAAUAAUUGUAAAAGAAAGAUGUAUAUUAAUAAGAUUAUCCCUGUACGAUUCUCUCUUGCGGAGAGAAUGCUUUUUCUCGGUGAUAACAGAAGAAAAAGAAAAAAAAUAAAUUUGACAUUCUUUAACCAA